AUGCAUCCGGAUGUAAAUAUCCAUCUCCCAGCCGACCCUGAAGCUGACCGAAUCGUUCAACUUCCUAUACCUCACCACUUCCUCCCAGGCAUUUAUCCUGUAUAUAGGGUCCGACUGGAGAGGGAUUGUCCGGUCAAUUGGGGCCAUAUCCCGCCAACCGUUUUCCCAGUUCAUGCAGUCUUCACCUCCCCCGUGAAGACUGGUUGGUAUCUGUUGACUGGGAUGAUGAUUGGAUCCCCAUUCCUCUCAUACAGUCGACAAGAUACCCAUGAUAAUCUGGGUUUCACUGGCUACCCUCAAAAGUUCGAGUAA